ACAAUCGGUAUUAGAGCUAAACACACUUUUCAGCAACUACAGUGUAACCGUACACAUUCGCGUUUGUAAACGUGUUUACUUAAACAUGUUCACCUGAAGUAGUUCAGGGUCCCGUGUAACCGCGCUCUUAGCUCUCCUUUAAAUAUUUGUCUGUACUUUAUUGGCUAAUAUCAAUUGUGCCGAAAGCUAUACAACGCAGGUGAUUGUUGCCAGGAUAAUCUUUGUUAGCAUCAUCUCUGGUUAGCAUUGAGUUUCCAAUUUUUUCGUAUGUGUGUAGUGAAGUCUUUGGCCAUAUGUGUUCGAGAAAAUUGUGUAUGUAAAUGGUUUAUAACUGCUGUCUCAUUCAAGAGAGAAUUUGAAUUAAUUUUAUCUUGAUUGUUUUAGUAAUAUAUAAUGGGGUCAGUACGAAUAAUAAGUAACGACAGUCAUUAUCAGACCGAAAUGACGUCCUCAGGUACUAAAUUAGUUGUGGCAGACUUCACUGCAAGUUGGUGUCCACCAUGCCAGCGGAUUGCUCCAAUAUUCGAACAACUUGCGGGGAAAUACCCCAGGGCAAUAUUUUUGAAGAUCGAUGUUGAUAAGUGCCAAGAGACGGCAGCGAAUCAAGGGGUGUCAGCCAUGCCCACUUUUAUAUUCUACAGAAACAAGCUGAAGAUCGACAGGAUCCAGGGAGCGGAUGCUGUGGCGCUGGAGAGCAAGAUCCAGCAGUACUAUGGCAGCGAGGAGGGGGAAGAUGGGGACAGCUCUGUGCAGGGGCACAUGGACCUGAGCACGUUCAUCUACAAGACGCAGUGCGAGUGUCUCAAUGAGUCAGAUGACCACCCGCUGGCUCACUGCCUCGCCAGCAAUGGGGGCUUCCUCGAAUCGGAUUGCGAUGAGCAGCUCAUUAUAUCGCUGACAUUCACUCAGGCUGUGAAGAUACACUCCCUAAAAAUUAAGGCACCUCAAGAUAAAGGCCCAAAGACGGUGAAGUUGUUCAUCAACCAGCCGCGGACACUGGACUUUGACAUGGCAGACUCCUACCAGGCUGUGCAAGAACUGCAGUUGACGGCGGAGGAGCUGGAAGGGACGCCGGUGAACCUCCGCUACGUCAAGUUCCAGAACGUGCAGAACGUGCAGCUGUUUGUGAAGGACAACCAGAGCGGCAGCGAGACGACCCAGAUAGAGCACCUCGUCCUGCUCGGCUCCCCCAUCUCUACCACCAACAUGGGCGACUUCAAGAGGGUCGCCGGCAAGAAGGGGGAGAGCCACUGAGGUUGUCGUCCUUCUCUUUUCUUAACGACUAGAGAAUUGGUGACUGAAUUUCAGCUUGCAAAAAGACUGACAAAUUGCCAGUUGUGGUGCCAAUGUUUGAAGAAGCAGAAAACUGGGUCCUCGAUCGGAAAAUGUACACAAGUGCUGUUUACUAAAUUUGUCAAAUGCUGUAUGUAUAAAACCGAUAUGAAAUGUACAGAGGUACUCCAAAUAAAUGCUAGUGAUUAAUAA